UGAAAUUUUUAACCGGAAGUAAAAGUCAUUUUUCUUGCGCUACCUUGAAAAUAAAGUGGAGGCUGGUUGAAAGCGCCUCUUAAGUCAUGUAAAUUUUUUUACAACAUGACUCUGUUUACGUGGGGCAGCUAGGAGUCUAAAUAUCCACGCGAGACUCCUUGGAGAUCGGGCUGUUGGUUUGGCGACACGCUGCGGAUGAUACAUUUCUGCUAGCCUAAAGCUGCUAUAGUUAGCUAGCUACUACUCGCCAGGUUUGACUUUCUUGUGCUUUCCAAGCUGAUAGCGCAGUGAGUGAUGUGGAAAGUAACGUUUCAAGCGUUCGGUGUUUUGCUGUUGGCGUGGUUGUUGGGAAACUUUGUUCUGGGCUGGUUUCAGCAAAACACCAAACCCCAAACGCAGCACAGCGAGCAGCAUCCGAGCAGAACCUCGGAGAGCCAGGACCAGAGCUGCUUCUGUCACCUCACAGGCGUCCUGGAUGACUGCUUCUGUGACGUAGAAAGCAUCGACAUUUUCAACAACUUGAAGAUCUACCCUCGCAUCAGGAAGCUGACAGAGAGAGACUACUUCAGAUACUACAGGGUGAACCUGAAGCGACCGUGUCCUUUCUGGCCUGAUGACGGACACUGCUCCAUCAAAGACUGCCACGUGGAGCCCUGCCCCGAGAGCAAGGUUCCUGUUGGCAUCAAGUCUGGGAACUACAACAAGUACUCGCAGGCGGCCAAUACGAUGUCGGACGUGGUGGAGUGCCAGCAGGCCAAGGAGCUGGGGGCCAUCAACAGCACCCUGAGUAACCAGAGUAAGGAGGCGUUCGCUGACUGGGCGAGACACGACGACGCUCAGGAUCACUUCUGUGAGCUGGACGAUGAGACGUCUCCAGAUGCCGAGUAUGUGGAUCUGCUCCUGAAUCCGGAGCGAUACACCGGAUAUAAGGGUCCGUCAGCCUGGAGAGUGUGGAACAGCAUCUACGAGGAGAACUGCUUCAAGCCCCGGUCGGUGUAUCGACCUCUGAACCCUCUGGCUCCCAGCAGAGGAGACGAUGAUGGGGAAGGUUUCUACACGUGGCUUGAAGGUUUAUGUUUGGAGAAGAGAGUUUUCUACAGACUCAUCUCGGGCCUCCACAGCAGCAUCAACAUCCACCUGUGUGCCGAGUACCUGCUGGACGAGGGAUGGGGACGCUCAGUGUGGGGUCCAAACGUCCAGGAGUUUCGUCAGCGUUUUGACAUGGCAGAGACAAAGGGGGAGGGCACGCGACGCCUGAAAAACCUCUACUUCCUGUACCUGAUCGAGCUGCGGGCGCUCUACAAGGUGGCUCCGUACUUUGAACGAGCCAUCGUCAACCUAUACACGGGAAAUGCUCAGGAGGACGGAGAGACCAAAGACCUGCUGCUGCACAUCUUCAACGAGAUCAAAGCCUUCCCCAUGCACUUCGAUGAGAAGUCCAUGUUUGCUGGACACAAACUGGAAGCCAAAACGUUAAAGGAGGAGUUUCGUCUCCAUUUCAAGAACAUCUCCAGGAUCAUGGACUGUGUGGGCUGCAGUAAAUGUCGCCUCUGGGGGAAACUGCAGACUCAGGGUCUCGGUACUGCUCUGAAGAUCCUCUUCUCUGAGAAGGAGAUCAAGAACCUUCCUGAACACAGCCCAUCCAAAGGCUUCCAGCUUACUCGUCAGGAGAUCGUGGCCUUGAUGAACGGCUUCGGCAGGUUAUCCACCAGCAUAUAUCAGCUCCAUCACUUCCGUCAGCUGUGGAAGGAGAAAAGGUAACAGGAGGCGAUGCUCCACCUGGACAGCAGGCGUCACCGUCCCACACUGCAACAGACUACCUGCUCUCAGAAGGACCUGAGGACCAGCAGUGACCCCUGUUUUUGUCCCAUGAACCACCCCUCUAUAAGCCCCUCCCCCCGUCACACAUCAUGAAUGUUAAUUCUUCAGCCUCCUCUCGCCUUCAUCAGAAAAUAUUUGGAACAUUUAAACCGACACGUUUUUCUCUA